GCGGCCUCACAUCCGCGUCCGGAGCGCAGGUGGGGCUGUGGCUGCGAUAGCGAGGACCGCUCGCCCCUCCUCCCCCCCUGCCCAGCGCACAGCUCCGCUUUUGGUUUCGUUCUGAGCCCUGCAACCCCUGCUGAUCUCCCUGUAUCGCAGCUGCCUGGAAACCCUCCGUCUGCCGUCGGUUCUGCACAGCCAUGGCCACCAUCAGUGACCUCCCCGAGGAUGUGCUGGUGGAGCUGCUGUCCCUGCUGCCCGCCCGGGAUCUGCUCCGUGCGUGCAGGCUGGUGUGCUCCCAAUGGCGAGACGUGGUGGACCUCGCCACCCUCUGGAAGCGCAAGUGCCAACGCGAGGGGUUCUACGUGCAGAGCUUGGACAGGAGCAUCACUGACUGGAAGGUGUUCUACCUGCUGUGCAAGCUGAAGAGGAACUUGAUCAAAAACCCCCGAGCCGAAGAGAACUUUACGCACUGGAAACUUGAUCAGAAUGGAGGAGAUAAGUGGAAGAUUGAGGAUCUGCCUGGACCUCUGGGGAAAGAGCUGCCAGACUCAGAAGUCCACAAAUACUUCGUCACUUCGUUUGGGCCAUGCUUCAAGUCUCAACUGAUUACCCUGCAGGAAGAAGGGUACUGGAAUGAGCUGAUGGAUGAGAAACGGCCUGAAAUUGUAGUCAAGGACUGGUAUGCUGCCAGAUUUGACUGUGGUUGUCGCUAUGAGCUCAGAGUGAGGCUGCUUUCUGAAAACUACAUUGUGCUUGAGGAGUUCUGUCCUGAGCCAGUGGUCAUAGAGCAGUGGAGUGACGCAAUGUGGAGAGAGAUUUCCCACACUUUCAGCAAUUACCCAGCUGGAGUUCGUUACAUCUGGUUUCAGCAUGGAGGCCAAGAUACCCAAUUCUGGGCCGGAUGGUACGGGAUCAGGGUGACAAACAGCAGCAUCACCAUUGGGCCACAGACAUUGAAGGCAAAUGAAGACACAAUAUAAGUGUUUUCUUUUACCUCAGGACUGUUACCUGGUGGUCUUAGGUGCACUUAUUUGCCUGUACUCUCUGGGUGAAUAUCCUGGCUUUGUCUUGCACAGCUGAUGUGGAAUACGAGCAGCUAGCUCUCCUUGUUUGCAAGCAGAACUUCUGCAGGCCCAGCCCUCUGGAAAGACUUCUGUCUUCAUCUGUCCUCCCUCACUGUGGCAGUGACAAUUCCUGGUGCCCUUCCAUAGGAGGAAGAUGAGGGCAAUUAAAUAUGACACCUAAAGUGAACAGCAUUUGGCUGUAGCACAAGUACAUAGCAGUCUUAACUGGAAACUCUUUCUUGUUUAUACAACUUAAUGAAAACAAGGCUAAAAUCUUUCAGUUCGGAUUAUCAACCCUUGUCUCGAGGACUGUGCUACAGACAGACUGUAAUACUAUGGUAUUUUCCUGUUUCAGUUUAAUUACGUGCAUAAAGAUGUAUCUUUCACAGCAUUAUGCCACCUUCAGUCUUCUUUAUCCUCAUAUGCUGUGUCACUGAUAUUUAAUUCCUUAGUAAGUAUACAUGAUCAACGUGGUAGAUGCCUUCCUUGUCCAAAUACAGCCCGUUACUGUUGGAAUGAACAAAGAGGAGGAAGGAAUCCCUUAAGGUGGAUACCUGACAACCUAAGUGCCUUUGGACUGCACUGCCUUUUUCCAUAUUACCAUUGUACUACCAAAGAACUUGGUUUGUACUGAACAGUAACCUUAUAUAAAAUGUUAAAGCCACAGACAACUUGGAGAUGUGGUGUUCUUGCACUUUUUGCAUGGAGAAAGCAGGCAGGUGCUGUGCUGGCUGUGUUACCAAAUUUUCUGUCCAACAAGCUCAGCUCACAUUCUGUGUACCAUUUCUUCUACCCCUGUAUGCACAGGGCUGAUAUUAAGGCCUUCUUCCAUCUCCUUUGACAGAGGCAGGUAACAGUGUUUUCCCUUGUCUGCUAUCUGCUAAGAGUGAGACAGCUGACAAGUGUCCUUGCAGCACAGACACAUUCCACUGUGCUUCUAACAGCUUUUGUGUGAAGGUUUCCCUGUGGCAAGGGGAGACCAAGGUGGUACAGCCCUUCAUAGGAACUGACACAUCCCAGCCUUGUCCUAGAGAAGACAUGAAAAGGUGAUGGAAACUCUACAAAUAAA